CCGCGUUGGGAGGGCUUGGAGGCGACUUCGGAGCUGCUUAAAGAGCCGGGUCAGCUGACCGGCCCCAGGCGGUCACCUCUGCAGCGGGAACGUGUGAGCCGCGACCCGGUCCUGUGCGACGGGCAGGCUCUGCAGAACGACAUGCCGCGCAUCUGCGAAGGCGCGAGGGCCCGAGCACUGGCCGCGUUCUUCCCACUGCUCUUAUCCCUGGCGGGGCCGGAGGCCAGGGCUCCUGACGCCUUCAGCCAGGUGCAGCCGCUGGUGACCCUGGAGCAGCUGCUGUGGGUGAGCGGCCGGCAGAUCGGCGCCGUGGACACCUUCCGCAUCCCGCUCAUCACGGCCACCCCGCGGGGCACCCUGCUGGCCUUCGCCGAGGCCAGGAAGCUGUCUGCGUCCGACGAGGGCGCCAAGUUCAUCGCCCUGCGGCGGUCCACGGACCAGGGCAGCACCUGGUCCUCCACAGUAUUCAUCCUUGAUGACGGGGAGGCCUCUGACGGACUGAACCUGGGGGCAGUGGUGAGCGAUUCAGAGACAGGAGUCGUGUUUCUCUUCUACACGCUCUGUGCCCACAAGUUCCACUGCCCGGUGGCCUCCACCAUGUUGGUGUGGAGCAAGGAUGACGGCAUUUCCUGGAGUCCACCCCGAAACCUCUCCGUGGAUAUCGGCACAGAGAUGUUUGCUCCUGGACCAGGCUCCGGCAUUCAGAAAAAGUGGGAGCCAAAGAAGGGCCGGCUCAUUGUGUGUGGCCAUGGGACGCUGGAGCGGGACGGGGUCUUCUGUCUCCUCAGCGAUGACCAUGGUGACACCUGGCACUAUGGGAGCGGGAUCAGCGGCAUCCCCUAUGGCCAGCCCAAGCUGCAAAACGACUUCAACCCUGACGAGUGCCAGCCCUAUGAGCUCCCAGAUGGCUCGGUCGUUAUCAAUGCCCGGAACCAGAACAACUACCACUGCCACUGCCGGAUCAUCCUCCGCAGCUAUGAUGCCUGUGACACUCUGAGGCCCCGGGAUGUGACCUUUGACAACGAGCUUGUAGACCCUGUGGUAGCCGCAGGAGCUGUAGCCACCAGCUCUGGGAUUAUCUUCUUCUCUAAUCCAGCCCACCCGGAGUCCCGAGUGAACCUGACCCUGCGCUGGAGCUUCAGCAAUGGCACCUCAUGGCAGAAAGAGAAGGUCCAGCUAUGGCCGGGGCCCAGCGGCUACUCAUCCCUGACAGCUCUGGAGAGCAGCCAGGGCGGGGAGAAUGAGGCGCCACAGCUCUAUGUCCUGUAUGAGAAAGGCCUGAGCCGCUACACAGAGAGCAUCUCCAUGGUCAAAAUCAGUGUGUACGGCACGCUCUGAGCCGGGGCAAGAGGGCUCAGCUCCGCCUGCCAGACCAUAGCCUUGGGGUCCGCGGCGGAUACCUAAGAGCCAGCGCCAUCUUCCUUUGGACUCUGCAAAAUCAAGUUCUUUGCCAGAGAAAUUAUUCCGUUAGGAUGAAAAGAACACUUUUCUGUCCCACACCAGAGGCGCCACCCUUGCCUGAGGACUUCAGGCCUCCUCACUGGGUCUGGUCCCAAGCGUGGUGCCUCCCACGACAAGAACCAGCUCUUCCCCAGGCAGGGCUGGCUGGGUCUGGUUGGCUGCAUAACCGUGAACUCAGGGACCUCAGGAAGCCUCGGCUUCCUCUGGGUGUUGUGAGAUGACGGCUUUGGGUCAGGUUGGUGAGAGCCAGCCCGGAGCAGGAUGCUUGGCUGCGGGGUAAGGACCUAGACACACUACCCUCCUUAGCUAUUUAUGGAUCAACUGUUUAUAACGUAAAAGUUUUUAGGGCUGGGGAGAUGGCCUAGUAGAAUAAGCGCUUGCCUGGCAAGUGCAAGGGCCUGAGUUCAAUCCCCAGUUCCGCCAAAAAACAUUUAAUGAAGGAGAAUGAACAUGUGUCCUCUG